CAGCCCCGGCCCUCCUUCCGGCCCCGCCGGCCCCCGGCCGCGCGCCCCCGUUACCGGGAAUAUGGCGGCGGCCGCGGAGAGUCCCGACUAGGCCCGAAGCGCGCGAACCGCUCUCCGCCCCAGGUCCCGCCCCCCCCGCCGGCGGCGUCAGACGCACCGCUACUUCCGCCAUACGCUGGGACGCGCCUUCCGGCUUGAGGUCCACCUCCACCGGCGAGGUCCACCUCCACUGGUGAGGUCCGCGGACAGACCGCCUGGGGUUCCCGGAAGUAGCCCGGCUGCCAGCUUCCGGUGCUGUAGGGAGAAAUGGCGGUGGUCACCUUGAUCCCGACGCUGGCGCGGGUACUGUCAAAGCACAGCCUGCUGUCUCCUUUGUUCAGUGUGACAUCAUCCAGACGAUUCUACAGAGGUGACAGCCCAACAGAUUCUCAAAAAGACAUGAUUGAAAUUCCUUUGCCUCCAUGGCAGGAGAGAACUGAUGAAUCCAUAGAAACCAAAAGAGCCCGCCUACUCUAUGAGAGCAGGAAGAGGGGGAUGCUGGAGAACUGUAUUCUCCUUAGCCUCUUUGCUAAAGAAUAUCUGCACAACAUGACAGAGAAGCAGCUGAACCUCUAUGAUCGCCUAAUUAACGAGCCUAGCAAUGACUGGGAUAUUUACUACUGGGCCACAGAAGCAAAACCAGCCCCAGAAAUAUUUGAAAAUGAAGUCCUGGAACUGCUGAGAGAGUUUGCGAAAAACAGAAACAAAGAGCAGAGACUGCGCGCCCCAGAUCUGGAAUAUCUCCUUGAAAAACCUCAUUAGGUUGUGUGCCCCUUCUGUCAUGGUGGUCAGUAUGUGGACAGAAACUGCUUCUGGUACAGACUUUGGCUUCCUGCUUUUCCUUAGGCCCUUGAAACUCUACCAGGACAGACAUGUAAUAUGAAGAUGAUACACUCAUUCUAACCUGCACUUGUCUGUACAGCACCGACCGAUCGACCCCUUCUCCAGCUGCUAUGUGCUGUGGUGCAGGUCUGCCACAAGAGGGCACUGUAGGGGAAGCAAUUCAGCUGCCUCAGCCCCGAAAGUACAAAAGAUGCAGCUGCUAUAUGAAGAGCCACCCACCCCACCCACACCCAGUGCCCUGGCCUUUGUUAAGGUAAAACUGCCUCCUUCCAACCUUGUGUAGUUCUUUCUGCCAGAGAAAGCCAGUCCAAGCCGCCGAGCUGAGCCUGUCAAAGGCAUAGCAGGCUGAAUGAGGGCCCCAAGCUGGAAUGGUGUGAGCACCCUGCUUAAGUCAACAUCCGAAUCAGAUUUUCUUCACAGCACGCACUUUGUAAAGAUAAUUGAAUAUUGAAGGAGAUCCAGAGAAGGAAAUUGACAGUUCUCUAACCCUUCAAUAAUUAUCUUCAUUUGGUCUGUUCUGUGCAGCCAUAGUAAUCUUAUAAUGGGGUUUUACAAACCUUCAGGUUUUCUGGCCUUGCAGCAGGCACUGGGCAAAUUUUUCCUCUUAUUGCUACAGCCUUUAAAAUUAUUUUAGUUGACCAAAUAAUGAUGACACUUAAGAAAUAACUUGUUAACUGGGUGUCAUGGGUCAUUCCUGUAAUCCUAGCCCUUGCGGUCUGAGGUAGAAGUAUCACCAAGAGUUUGAAGCCAGCCUGGGCUCUAAAGUGAGUUUGAGGCCAGCCUGGACCACACUGUUAGAGUGAAGUAGCUGGGAGGCCUGUGCGUUGCUGAAGGUGUUCUCUCUCUAGGAGCUCUGCUGUCAGCUGAGGAGAGGCAGGUAUCGGCCAAGAAGUGAAAGUGAUGGCUGGAGAAAAGCAGGCCAGAACUGAUGAACAUGGGGUUGGUAACUGCUGCAGGCAAAGAGGAAAAAAAGAGUUCCCUGGCCAGAGGAGGAAAUGGGGAAACCAGCCUUCGGUUACCUCUUAGCACUCCCACGGACAGGUGGCAUUAGGCCUGUUUAUAGAGAAGAGAGUUGCCUUGGAAGAAGUCAGUAAUACAUUCUUUAU